GGUUUAAAUUAUGUUUUGUAUUUGGCAACCUAAUUGAAAUAUUUGGCAUAACCAAAUCAGCUAACAAUAGCCAAAAUGGUAAUUCGUUACAAAACACGGCUAGAAGAUAACUAACUGGUCAUCACUGACCACGUAUAUGAUUCGAUUCUUUGAUAGCCUACGCCAAAUCACGGUACCUGCAGCCGCUCAAAUAAAAUGCCAACUGUUUAAGACCGUGCAUUAAGUCCGAUCCAAUCGAACCGUAAACCUCUCGCUCCCAAAAACCGCCAAUUACCCGCCAUGAAUCUGCCAGAACGCAGCCGCUUUGUGAUCUACGCCGUGGGCAUCUUCGUCUGCUACUUUCUGUACGGAAUUGUUCAGGAAAAGCUGACGCGCGGCCGGUACGGCGAAGAGGUCCAGACUGAUGGAUCUGUUGGUGAACGAUUCACCUACGCUUUGGCUCUGGUUUGGGUGCAAUGUCUCUGCAACUACGUGUUCGCCAAAGUGCUCCUAACAGUGCGGCCGCAAAAGGAAGACACCACCAACGCGGGCUCCUACGUGGCCUGUUCGCUUACCUAUCUGCUGGCCAUGGUGUCCACCAAUAUGGCUAUGCGUUGGGUUCCUUAUCCCACUGCUGUGGUCGGCAAAUCGGCGAAACCCAUUCCUGUCAUGAUUUUGGGUGUGCUUAUUGGACGCAAAUCAUAUAGCUGGACGCGAUAUGCCUGUGUGUUGACCAUCGUCCUGGGCGUUAUUUUGUUUAUGUACAAGGAGGGCAAGGUGUCCAACUUGCCGGCAGAAACGACACUUCUUGGCGAGGUGCUGCUUUUCCUUAGCCUCUCAAUGGAUGGCUUGACUGGAGCGGUGCAGGAGCGCAUCCGAGCGGCCAGUGCGCCUUCGGGUCAGCAAAUGAUGAGGGCCAUGAACUUCUGGAGCACACUUAUGCUCGGCGUGGCCAUGGUAUUCACGGGUGAGGCCAAAGAGUUCCUGUACUUUACGAUUCGCCAUCCCGAGGCCUGGACGCAUUUGUCCCUGAUUGCUGUGUGCGGCGUCCUUGGCCAGUUCUUCAUCUUCCUAAUGGUGGCCAGCUUUGGACCGCUAGCCUGCUCCGUGGUCACGACCACUCGAAAGUUUUUCACCGUCUUGUGCUCUGUGCUGCUGUUUGGAAAUGUUCUCAUUGCCCGCCAGUGGCUGGGAGCUGUUCUCGUCUUCGCCGCCCUCUUUGUGGACAUGCUUUAUGGCAAGAAGUCGCCGGCGGCGUCGGUCAAAAAGCCACCCGUUGAGGGCAAGAUAUCCGAGGAGAAAAAGAAACUAAUUUCUUAGAAUUUACUAGAUGAUUGCGUAGUCUAAUGUACAUACACACAUUUAGAAAAGACAACGCUAUCGCCAAAAGUGGCUGCUGCGCCAACAUUUUCCCAUUUCCUGCAACUGCUAAUCGUACAAAGGAUCUUGGCUAUAGCAAACAAAGCAUUCGGUUCUUGAUCUGCAAAUUACAAACAGUCGAUUUAAGCUAACUAAAUUAUUGAUAUCAAUUAGAAACGGAACAAAUAGUGUGCAAAAGUUUACAUCGGACCACAGGGUCCCUGACAUACAGGAUCUUUCAAUCAAUUAAUGCUAUAAUUUAUAAUUAAAAAGUGCUUUUUGUAUAAA